GCGCGCCCGCCCGCCGCGCCGCAGGCCGGAGCCGUCUCGGCGGCGUCGGUCGCCCCGGCGGCAGCGCAGCGUGGCGACAGCGCGCCCAGCCGGCCGGCGAAGAGGCUGAAGGCGGCUCGCGACAACAAGCUGCUGGCUGGGUGGCAGGACCUCAUACUGCGGACGAAGCGGCACCCGCAGUACGCCACCGAGUACACGCGGCGCUUCAACACCGAGGGGAAGACGUGGAAGAGGACGCAGCGGGGCUCGAAGCCUGGCGCUCUUGUGCUGGGCCUGGACUGCGAGAUGGUGUACGCGAAGGGCGAUCCCAACGCUCUGGCCCGCGUCUCCGUGGUCAGCUUCGGCGGGACCCUGCUGGACGCCUACGUCCACCGGCUGCCAGGCGCCAUCCUCGACUACCGCACGCCCAUCUCGGGCGUGGAGGCGAAGCAUCUGACAGAGGAGAAUGGCGCCACGACAUUCGAGGCAGUUCAGGAUAAGGUGCGUGCGUUGCCGCAAUCUGCCGACCAGCAGUGAUGACAGCACCUCUUAGUUGAUGGACGUGUUCUGGGGAAGGCGGAACAGCGGGAUGAUAGCAUUAGUGCGUUGCAUGAUGUCGUCUAUGACAGGUUGGCUCUUGUGACGGUGUUUCGGUUUGUUUAGCUGGUGGCCUUCAACUCCACGUUGCGGUGCCACUCGGGCAUUCGUAAUGCGUGAGCGUCUCAACACGACCCAGUGACCACAAGCAGAUGCGUGGCGUCGCUAGCACCUCGGAGCAAAACGUAACCCACCGUCUGCUCGUCCUGCAGUUCCUCGCACCAGCCUG